UUUGACAUCCUAAGGACCCCAUCCUCACUCAUUUGGCAAGAAAGCCAAAAAGAAAAUCUCACCCCUCUCUCUCUCACCCCCCAUCUCGGCCAGCACCCAAGAAAGAAGCAAGAGUAAUUUUCCAUCCUCCAUUCUCCAUCUUUGAAGAGAGCUCAAGCUUAAGGAGUCCAAAAGGAGGUCUUUGAGAAGGAAAAAGUGAGGAGAAAGUGAGAAGGGUUAAGGGACUUGACUUAAGCAUUUUUGAACCUCGCCGGAGUUUUGCCGGAGUUGGUCAAAGUACGCCGGAGUUGGUCAAAGCUCGCCGGAAUUAGUCAAAGUUCAAAUCGGGGAACGUAAAACGCGCUUAAGCUCACUUAAGUUUCAGGUAGGGAGUAGAGCUUGCUACUACCGCUCGUUGCUUCGGGGAAUUCAAGGAGGAAGGCGGGAAAUGGAACGUACCGGUAGAAUUACUCGACGGAACCCGACUGGCCAGGCACUGGGAGGAUCCCAACGUGGCAGUCGGGGGGGAUCAAGAGAGUCUAGGGGACAGGGCCGUGCAGGCCAUUCGCUGAUCGUGAGUGACGGUCACGUGGAAACAAUAGAUGAACACUAUGAGUCCGAGGAGGAUUCAACUUACCAACCGGGAACUGAGCCGGUUGAGACCCCAUAUGAUGGGGAACACGACGAUGCUAGUGAUAAGAGUGAUGAUAAUAACGCUCUUGAACGGAUUGAGGAAUUGCUCCGGCAAUACCAACAAGAUCGCCAAAGGCGCCGGGCAAGGCGUGCUUUGGAAGGGGCUUCGAGGAGAGGAAGCCGCGCGACUCCUAGGGAGAGCAUUGAACUCCGAGGAGGUCGAGGUGCUGAGGUUCCUAUCAUAAGAAUCUCAAAGUACCUAAAGGAGGCGAGAGACUUGGGAUGUAAACCGUUUGAUGGAACGGGAGACAUCUCCGUGGCGGCCGAGUGGAUCAAGAGAUUCAAUGAAGCGGCCCUUGACAUGCAACUGCCACCCCACAUGAAGAUGAGAGUGGCAACAAGAUUGCUAGAAGGCAUGGCGUCCACGUGGUGGGACGGAGUCAAAGGGAAGUACGGCGAGGCCGUCACUUGGGAGAACUUUAGGCAAGAAUUCUUUAGCCAAUACUACUCCGACUUCGAGGUGAACUUGAAGAGGAGGGAGUACACGAAUUUGACCCAAGGAGGGGAAUGCACGGUGAAGGAACUUGAGCACAAGUUCAGGAAACUUGCUGAGUUCAUACCGGAGUACAUUUGUGACGAAAACCGGAUGGUGAACCAUUUCUGGGAUGCCUUAGACCUUGACAUACGCGAGAGGGCAACACAGUUGCCUAAUAUGACGUUUAGUCAAGUGGUUGAACAAGGCUUGAAGGGAGAAAAAGAGUGGGAGGAAAGAAAGCGAAGGAACGCCGAAGAGGCGAAGAAGAGGAAAUGGGAGAACCAUGGCCCCCAAGGUUCUAACAAAAAGGGGAACCACGGGGGAGGGGGAUCGUUCAGAGCGCCGGCACCGCCAUCCAAGGGAAACUCGGCCUUCGGCGGGCACAACUCGGGCUCACAAGCCUCAACGGCGCCCAGGUGCAGAAAUUGCAACCGGAGCCACGCCGGUAAGUGUCGUGAUCCACCACGGUGUUACCAAUGUGGGGACACGGGGCAUAUUAAGCCAAAUUGCCCUCAACUUGGUAGGAACCGAGGAGCAGGAUCAAGCGGCGCUACUACGGCAAGUAGGAGCCGAACCGGAGCACCUCAUGCUAGUACGGGCCAAGGGGGAGCAAGCACGAGCAAUGCGCCGUCCGUUAACCAAGGAAGGACCCAAGCAAGGGUCUACGCAAUGACGGAGGCGGAUGCCCGAGCUAACCCAGAUUCGGUUGCAGGGACUUGACUUAAGCAUUUUUGAACCUCGCCGGAGUUUUGCCGGAGUUGGUCAAAGUACGCCGGAGUUGGUCAAAGCUCGCCGGAAUUAGUCAAAGUUCAAAUCGGGGAACGUAAAACGCGCUUAAGCUCACUUAAGUUUCAGGUAGGGAGUAGAGCUUGCUACUACCGCUCGUUGCUUCGGGGAAUUCAAGGAGGAAGGCGGGGUUCGUACUUCUCCUGUUUCUGUUUUGAAAACAAUUUAAAUAAUGCUCAUGGAUAUUAUUUCGAAUAUUUAUUUGGGGGCUUGUAUGCCCGUGGUUGCCACGUGUGGCUUGAAUAUUUGUAAUUAUGUUUCCGCUGCUUAAUUAAAUAUUUUACGUUAUGAUUGUUUAUGGAUGUACUAUGUGUGAAUGGUAUUCAAGACGCCUAGUAUAGUAUGGAUGAGUUGGACUGCGGUUGACUAUUCGUACUGUACGGCGGGUUGUUGACGUGUCCGGUAGGUCCGGGGCGUGACAUUUUAUACGAAACACUCACUAUUGCAGCACAGAAGUUAAUAUGUU